AUGUCAGCGACCAUGAGAGGCAGCCAGCGCCAACGAUCGCCUGCGAUGGAUGCCGACCCGAGUCCGUCCAAGCUGCACAAACUGCAGCAGGACGGGCAUCGAUUGUGUAUAUCAAACCAAAAGGGUCAAGCCAGGCCUGAAAGUAGGCGCCGUGGAGAAUAUCCAUCGAAGAUUGGGUACUUCCAAGCCUACCUUCAGUACUCCCUAGCUUAUGCUUUGUAG